GAGGGAGGCGAGAAGAAACCGCUGCUCCGCUUCCUGCUUAGAGAACGUCUGUCAAUUCAUUACAAAAGAGGAAGGCCCUCCCGUCCUCUCCAGCGACGAGACGUCGAUGACGGUGUCACGACGCUCUCGACCAAAAACUGGCGAAGUCAUUAUUUUUGCGUUUUGUAUUCUUUUUUUUUUCCUUUGCUGGACGUGGAUGUUGAAGAGCCGCUUUCAUCGUUUGCCAAGGCGGGAGACGCAGCGCGGAUGCCGGCGUUUCCUUUGUAUGACUCUGCAGGGACGAGGGACCGUGCUUUGUCUUGUGCUGACUGUCGUGGCGCUGGCCUUCACGUCUGCGGCAGCUAGGACAGAACUUCCCGAUGACGGUGUCUCCCUUGGCAGCUGGUCGGACGCGACUUCGCGCUACUUCGGCAGCCCCUCCGCAUUUGUACGCGCCGAUGGCACAAAAGAGACGGUGGUGGCACCUCCGCUCCACGUGCUGGCGUUGAUGGACUGGCAGUCGGAGCGGCGCACAGAGUUGCUCGUGACGUGGCCCAAUCGUUCUUCACUGACCCUGUGGGCCAACCGUGACUUGGCCACCUCCUUAGUCUCCCGCACCCGAGCAGCAGCGUUGGUGUACCAUCCCAUCUGGUCAACCGAACAACUGCCAACGCCGGGCAGCACGUCCACUGCACCGCGGUACGUGGUGAGUGCGAUUGGGGCCGAUUGGCUCGGCCACGGCGACGCGGACGUUCUGCUGCAGGCGAGCGAUGGAGGCAUCUACGUGCUGCGGCACUCGUCGGUGUCAGCCUGGACGCCGUCGAGCGCAUUCGAAUCGAUCGCCAUCGUCGGCGAGUCUGCCCCGUUCACGCCGCUGACAACGCUGAAGCAGCCCACUGCGCCGUCACUGAGCAUCGUGGCUGACUUUUUUCCCGCAAACGCGACCCGCGACGCAGCGGAGGGCGCCAUCGCCUUUGUGAACGUCAAUGAUCAGCUCGUUCUUCUCUCUCGCGUUCCAGGUUCGGCGUGGCCGCCGCGGUACACUCCACACGUUCUCGCAGAUGAGCAGAGCGAGCUGACAGGUCGCAGGGUGCUGCCGCUGUCCAUUCUCGCUGCUGACGUCAACGAGGACUGCGCCGCGGAGCUGCUCUACGCCGUGCGGGACUCCCGUCAACACCGUUAUGAGGUGCAUCUCUUCAACACCGCCUCCCUAGCCGAUUCGUCGGUGCCGAACGGGACGGUGCUCGUGGCGCUACCUGAAGACAAGGGUGAGCGCUACGGCGACACCUUCACGUUGGCCGACGUGAACGGCGACGGCCUGCCAGAGCUGCUCGUGACGGUGCAGCUGUCCAGCCAAAGCAGCAGCUGCGCAUCUGCUGACAGCACGGCCGGUGCGGCAGAGGCAUGCACGCCCUACCACGGAGUGCGCAUCUUCUACCCAUCGCGGGCCGCGGACGUGAGCGGGUCACCGCGCUGCCGUACCACUGCCGCCUCCUCGAGUGAUCACCACCUUUCCUACAGUCUGGACAGCAGCGAGCUUUUCGUGCUGACACCGACGUGGUGCGGCGUGGAAAGCUGGGCCGGUGGUGCAUCUGGCACGCCACUGCCUUUGUACAUGCCGAGUUACCCCUCUGCGCCUCUCGUGCUCCGCCCCGGCGAUUACAAUCGCGAUCGACUGGUGGACUUGGUGGUGCCCAGCUCGUAUGGGCCUCUGCUGUUGACCUCCCGUGCCGUCAACGGGGCGCGGCCGCUGGUCUGCACGGCGCUUGACAGCGGCACUGGCAAGGAGGCGGUGCAGACGGCGAUGGCGAGGCUGGCUUCCUCGCCGGCCGCGCAGCUGGAGGCGUACCGCACGGCCACGCCCUUCUUCGCCACCUUGGCGCUGCUGGGUCGACUGGAGAUCGUGUUGACGCAUCAUCGAGUGCUCACCACCGCAGUUGCCUCUUCAGCCACCGCGAUGGAGCAGAUAUUGGUUUACCAAAACGAUCAGGUGCCCAGUCGCUCCUACUUUCUGUCCGCCACCGCGUUGACCACGAAGGCGUACGGUGCGGCUUGCAUUGGCGCCACGCAUCACAUGUCCUGGCAGGACAUUCACAUGCGCUCGCACUGGGCUACCGUGACGCAACAGGGUCGUACGCAAAGCCACGCGCUGCUCCCGCCGCACGUGCUUGUGGGUCUGGAUGAAACCUUUUCCUAUGUGCACGACUACACGGUCGCACUGCGUGUCGCCGCGGAGGGGUCGACAGAGUUGCAAGCCAAGGAGUGGCCGUCCUACCUCUGCCAAAUGCGCAAGUGUUUGCUGAAGUGUUCUCAGUGCACAAGCCGUCGACGUGGCACCUUCAGCUUUACCUGCCCACUUCAAUGUAUCGGCGGCUUCUCGUGGUGGCCUUGGCGGUUGCGUUGGGCGUGA